AUGAAUCAUUCAGAUAGAGAUGCUUAUUUACAAUUAGGACAAAAAUUAAAUCAAAAACAUUCAGAUGAAUUAUCUACACAAUUACAGAUUUUAAAAUCAGUAUUAAUUAAUUUUAUAAAUGAUCAUGGUGAAGAAAUUAAAACAAAUCCAGAAUUUAGAAGUAAAUUUAAUGAAUUAAGUCAACUGAUUGGAAUGGAUCCUUUGGAUUUAUUGAUAUUUGCAAAUAGUAACCACAGCAAUAAAAAUGAUUCAAAUUUCAUUAUUGGAUUAUCUGUUAAAAUUGUUGAAAUAUGUCAAGAAACAAGAGAUUUAAAUGGAGGAUUUAUAAAUUUAAAUGAAUUACAAUCAAUUUUAAAAAAGACAAGUUUAUCUGAAUCUGAAUUAAAAAUUCAAAUAGAAAUAAAUGAUAUUGAAAAAGCAAUCGCCAAAUUAAAAUCAAUGGGUAAUAAUUAUGAAAUUAUUAUAAUAAAUAAUAUAAAAUGGUUAAAAUUUUCUUCAAUUGAUAAUUUAUCAAAUGAUCAAAUUAAAAUUUAUGAAUUAUGUGGAUUUAUGGGUGGAUAUGUUACUCAUAGAUUAAUAAGAGAUAAUUUUGGUUGGGAUCUGCUAAGAUGUAAAAAUGUUAUUGAUGAAAUGAUUAUGAAUGGUUUAUUAUGGGUUGAUUCUCAAGGAGGUGAAGAAUGGCAAUAUUGGGAACCUUCUUGGAUAUCUUAUUAA